UCGAUCCGUUUUAUUACCCCGCGGCCUUGUUAUCAAUGCAUCACUAGUAGCAUCUCAACGUGGUUUGCUAGAGGAGAAGAAAAAUGCCUCGUGAACUGUGUUGGAUGUUUCCUUGACACUUCCCUGCACAUGGUCAACCGCUUGGAAGCAAAUAGA